AACCUUGACUCCUGGACCUCGAGGCUUUCAUAUCAAGACGUCACCGUCCAUGGCCACGUCGCAAUAUUUCACUGCUGCUUGUCUCCUCAAGUUCCCUUGGUUAGACAUGAGGCUGAACCAGAUACAGAGUCAAUUCUGCUGUGAUCAUGCAUUCAUUCAUGUUGUUCUCUCAGGAACCACUCGGAGGGAAGGAGUAUGCACAUGACCGUUCUCAAUUAAGCUACGGACGAAAGUCGUAUUAGGUUCGUACUUGAGCAAUCUUCCAGGCCGAAGGAUGGCUAUCACUAAAGAAUAAAAGUCAAAUUCGGAAAGAAUCUUGAAUUGCCUCAAGCGGAGGCGAUAGUAAGAACCUUGCGCAGAGACGCAUGGUCAGGGCACACUCGACGCUGACGGCUCAGCCUGCGGGACAAGCGGGUUUGAUCAAAGUCUGUUCGCCAGUCUCACAGCAGUCAGAACCGGUGCACGACAGAGGAUACAUUAGGAGCCGCGGCCAGCGUUUCCCCCCACGAGUCGGCAGAGAUUUCCUCUGGAAGUCGGACUCGGGGGGGCAACGUUCAUGUCCAAGUGAUGAGCCAAGGGCCUGUUUCUUAUCCGGUGCGAUUACAUCGUCAAGAACGCGUUGUCACCUGGAGAGUGGAGACCGGAUGGUCAUCAAAGACAUGUGUGGUAGAACUAUGACUAUGACUGUGAGAUGGGAUAUUGGCCACUGGACGGUCAGGCAAGAGCGAUCGAUGUGACUUGUUCAGCCUGGAUUGACUGAGAGUCAGA